AUGGUUUUCAUCAACGCCUUCGUUGCCACCAUGAUGGCCACCGCUGCCAUGGCCGCGCCUCACGGUCACCACUUUAGCCACAUCCAUGCGCGCCAAAACACCACCGUCAACAAGCUCGGUGCCGCCUACAACGACGCUUCCCUCGUCAGCGCCAUCACCGGCGCCGGAUGGGCCUACGACUGGAACUUCGAGUCCAUGGGCGCGCUGCCUUCCGGAGUUGAAUACUGCCCCAUGCUCUGGGGCCCCAAGAUGUACGACCAGUGGCAGUCGGCUGCCACCUCCGCUCUCUCGCAGGGCAGCACUUGCAUUCUCGGCUUCAACGAGCCCGACAACGCUGGCCAGGCUGCCAUGGACCCCGCGACGGCCGCUACCGACUACCAGACCUACAUCACCCCGUUCUCCGGCCAGGCCACUCUUGUGACUCCGGCCGUCACCAACGGCCAGGGCGAUAACAUCGGCCUCAGCUGGCUUCAAAGCUGGUUCGACGCCUGCAACGGCGCCUGCCAAGCCACCGUCAUGGCCAUCCACUACUACGCCCAGGCCGACGUCUCCGAUUUCACCAACUUUGUUACCAGCGCCGUCACUCUUGGCCAGCAGUACGGCAUCCAGAGCGUGUGGAUCACCGAGUUCCAGAACACCGGAAGCUCUGACGACCAGGUUGCUUUCUUGCAGGAGGCCAUUCCUUGGCUCAACAGCAACACCGACGUCGGUCGCUACGCUUACUUUUACGCGGCUGAUGGAUACCUCCUCAGCGGCACUUCUCUGAGCCCGGUCGGCGAGGCUUAUGUCGCGACUUACUAG